AUGCACGGCGUGAAACGGACACAUUUAUCUGCUCAACUCCGGGAGCAGAAACGCCAACAGGACUCGAACAAAAUCGCGACGUAUCGCCGUCUCAAUGAGCAGAUACUUGCGCUCCGAGAGGCACACGAUUACUCACUCGAAAGUUUAGCAAAGAAUUCCCAGCUACUUGCGUUGAACCCCGAAUACUACUCGGCGUGGAACUACCGUCGUGAGAUCCUCCUCGCGUUGAUGGCAGCGCUGGCGGAUGUGGACUUUGUUGACCUCUUCAAUCGCGAGCUCCACUUCACGCUUCUCCACUUGAAGCGCUUUCCAAAAUGUUACUGGAUCUGGAACCACCGGGUCUGGGUCCUCCAGCACUUUCCCGAUAUUCCCUCGAUGGAAAUCACCCCGGCGCUCAUUGCAAAGGUGUGGCAGACAGAGUUGGCCAUAGUAGCAAAGCUCCUCGAGCAGGAUAGCCGCAACUUUCACGGCUGGCACUACAGGCGGUUUGUGACGGGCCAGAUGGCAGCACUCGCCACGGAUCACGAGACGGGUGCGGCACGAGUACAACUUGCGAAUAUCGAGUUCGAGUACACCACCCAGAAAAUUAACGCCAACUUGUCGAACUACUCGGCCUGGCACCAGCGGUCCAAGUUGGUUCCCCAGCUCCUUCUCUCCCCACCGCCUGGGUCCUUGUUCGAACGCCCGUCGGAGUUUUUAACGACAGAAAUUGCGUAUUUGACCAACGCUAUGUACACUGACGCCGCCGACUCGUCGCACUGGUUGUAUUUGCACUGGUUGCUUUGCGAACUUUUGCCGACAAUGCCAGAAGCAGAACAGAUGGCUACAUUAGUGAAAGUUCAGGGUGUGGUUGAGGAGUUGAACGAGCUUGAGGUAGAGGAUGAUGGAGUGGAUAACAAGUGGUGUCUUGUGUGCAUGGGGUGGAUCAAGAAGGAGAUGUAUAGGAUCGGGGGUGAUAAGGGAAAGUUGGUGGAGGAAAUGCUGGUAUUGGUAGCGAAACUAGUAGAGAUUGAUCCAAUGAGGAAGGGGCGGUGGGAGGAUUUGGUGGGAUCUAUCGGAGUGGAACAUGAGAUUCAACACAGGUAA